AUGGCCAUCAGCGAGGAUGUGCCGGGCAUCAAAGUCUCUGUGCGGGUUCACCAGCAACCACUACCCGAGUUUGAUGAUCCAGAUGCUCACGAUCGCGAUGAUGCUGCCGCGCAUCCCUUAGAAACCAAGUACAUCGAGUGUGUUGAUGACGCUCACUUCGACAUCUCCUAUGUCGUCGACUCCACCUACGCAUGGGGCUACUGUAAUCACGUUCUCAUUGCCACUUCUUAUAUAGACGGCCAAUAUAUCCGUGGACAUAUUCUUUAUGAAAAGGACACCAAAUUUGGCGGCCUUGCCGUAGGGGUGGUUGAUGGGAAAGAAGUUUGCAGCAGUUCUGGAAUGUGGUCUAAACGAAGAUUUAGGUUUGCUGCUGUGAAGACGGUCGAAGAUCAAACAAGUAAACUGCGUAUAGAAAGAGAUCUCCAAGUUGUAAAGGGCCUUGGCACCAUCGAGGUCAAGUUCACUCGAGCCAUCAAGUCCGGUAACGAAUAUACACGAAAUCAUGCUUCUGGUUGCACUUCCGCAACACUCGAGUUGGCAGAGAAGUCGCUGAAAGGAAAAGCCGUCUCGCACGGUACAUCAUACGGCGUCUGCGAGGCGAUUGCCGCCCCCAGAUACGUAAAAACCCACGAUAUUCCUGAGGACAAUGGCCCUAUCCUUGUUUUCAAAUUUAUGUAUCGAUCCAAGGAUGCUCUUAGACGCGAGCUCAUCAUCCCGCGAAGCCCAUCACGUUCGCCUACUCUUGAAGAUUUAACACCCGCUGAGAGGGAUCGCUUAGCUAGAGAACGACUGAACGAACUUCGCGAAAAGAAGAUCAAGUCUGAGAAAAAGGGGCCCUUGAUUAAACGCGAGUUUAACGAGGUCCUUGAUCUGACAGCAGAUCCCCCAGUACCUCGAGCCACCAAGAAAUCACGUCUUCAGGAUGGUAGAGAAGUAGAUGUGAUUGAUUUGACAGAUGACUAG